AUGGAUCAGAAAGUAAGACAUACUGAAGUUUACACUCAAGAUGGAACCGUUGAUCGUCACGGAAAUCCAGCAAGCCGAGCCAAAACCGGCAAAUGGCUCACUGCUAUUCUCAUUCUUGUGAACCAAGGGCUAGCGACGCUUGCCUUCUUCGGUGUAGGAGUGAACUUGGUCCUGUUUCUGACAAGAGUGAUGGGACAAGACAAUGCAGAAGCUGCCAAUAACGUCAGUAAAUGGACAGGAACUGUUUAUAUCUUCUCUCUGCUUGGUGCUUUCCUCAGUGACUCUUAUUGGGGACGUUACAAGACUUGUGCAAUCUUUCAAGCAAGUUUCGUUGCAGGUUUGGUGAUGUUAUCUUUAUCUACUGGUGCGUUACUACUCGAACCAAGUGGUUGUGGUGUUGAAGAGUCUCCAUGUAAGCCACACUCAACGGUCAAGACGGUUAUUUUCUAUCUAUCGGUGUAUCUGAUCGCGUUAGGGUAUGGUGGUUAUCAGCCUAACAUAGCUACCUUUGGAGCUGAUCAGUUUGAUGCAGAUGACUCUGUUGAAGGACACUCGAAAAUCGCAUUUUUCAGUUACUUCUACUUAGCUCUGAAUCUUGGAUCGCUCCUUUCGAAUACAGUCUUGGGUUACUUUGAGGAUCAAGGAGCCUGGCCGCUAGGGUUUUGGGCGUCUGCAGGGUCUGCUUUUGCUGGUUUAGUACUUUUCUUGACUGGCACGCCAAAGUACCGGCAUUUUACACCUAGAGAAAGCCCUUGGUCUAGAUUCUGCCAAGUCUUGGUUGCUUCAACAAGAAAAGCCAAGAUUGAUGUCAACUAUGAUGAUAUGAAUCUCUAUGAUUCUGAGACUCAAAGAACUGGAGACAAGAAGAUUCUUCACACCAAAGGCUUCAGAUUCUUGGACAGAGCUGCAAUUGUUACACCUGAUGAUGAGGCUGAGAAGGUUGAGAGUGGUUCUACUUAUGAUCCAUGGAGGCUGUGCUCAGUGACACAAGUUGAAGAAGUGAAGUGUGUGUUAAGACUCUUACCAAUCUGGCUCUGCACCAUUCUCUACUCAGUGGUGUUCACCCAAAUGGCUUCACUAUUUGUUGUGCAAGGCGCAGCGAUGAAGACAAACAUCAAAGACUUCAAGAUUCCAGCUUCAAGCAUGUCUACUUUCGACAUUCUCAGCGUUGCCUUCUUCAUCUUCGCUUACAGGCGGUUUCUCGACCCUCUCUUUGCAAGACUCAACAAGAGGGAGCCCAACAAAGGUCUCACUGAGCUUCAGAGAAUGGGGAUAGGUCUCGUGAUUGCGAUAAUGGCCAUGAUAGCAGCAGGAAUCGUGGAGAUUUACAGGCUGAAACACAAGGAAUCGGCUUCAAACUCGAGCUCGUUGAGCAUAUUUUGGCAGGUUCCUCAGUACAUGAUGAUAGGUGCAUCAGAAGUGUUCAUGUACGUUGGCCAGCUUGAGUUUUUCAAUAGCCAAGCUCCAACAGGGUUAAAGAGCUUUGCAAGUGCUUUAUGUAUGGCUUCAAUAUCGCUUGGAAACUAUGUAAGCAGUCUUCUAGUUUCCAUUGUCAUGAAGAUCUCUACAAGAGAUGAUAUGCCUGGUUGGAUCCCUGGGAAUCUCAAUAAAGGACACUUGGACAGAUUCUACUUUCUUCUAGCUGGUCUAACCGCAGCUGAUUUUGUGGUUUAUCUGAUUUGCGCGAAAUGGUAUAAGUAUAUAAAGUCUGAAGCAAGUUUCUCUGAGUCCAUGUCUGAAGAGGAAGUCUGA